AUUACAAUGUUUAUAAUUAUACUCCACUGAAGUACAAUAUAUGAAUCAGUUUUGUACAUUGAAACGUCAUUGAAUCUUAAAUGUUAACAAGAGUAAAUUAGUCAUAGUUAAGCGCUUCUUAGGUAUAUACGUUCAAGUUGUGACGAUCACGAGAUACAAUGGGUAGAAAAACACUAGCUAGUGCACUUGUGAGUGCAAUUCUGUCUAUCUGCCAUUCGCAAGUUAUAAUUACCAAGUUUGAAGAUCAAAGUGGAACUGUUAGCGGUAAUUUAUUACAUAAUGGUGGUGAUGAGCCUGAUCCUGACAUAUAUUUAACAACACCUCAAAUAAUUCGACGACACGGAUACCGGUCUGAAUCUCACGUUGUGCAAACCACCGAUGGAUAUUUACUCACGAUCCAUCGAAUUCCACAAAGUAAGAAUGGGACGCAGGGAAAGCAGCCGGUAUUUCUCCAACAUGGACUAUUAAGCAGCAGUGCUGACUUUGUUAUUUCUGACAAUAAAUCCUUGGCGUUUAUACUGUCCGACUUGGGCUACGACGUUUGGUUGGGUAACUCGAGAGGAAAUACAUAUUCCAGAGCACACGCUUGGUUACCUACAAACACUGACGAGUUCUGGAAUUUCACGUUUCAUGAAAUGGGAGUACGCGAUUUACCGACCGCCUUAGCUUACGUAUCUAAUGUAACCGGACUGAUGGGCGAUAUAAUUUAUAUUGGACACUCAAUGGGAACAACAAUGUUUUACUCAAUGGCCUCCACGCUUCCAGAAUUUACCCACAAACAUGUUAAAGUAAUGGCCGGUCUGGCACCUGUAGCGUACAUGACUUAUAUUACAUCUCCCAUCCGGUACUUUGCACCGUUUGUUAAUGAUAUACAGUGGAUAGCCAAACAUCUAGGCUUACGAGAAUUCCUACCACAUGGUUUAAUUAUGGAUGUUCUAGUCUACAAUUGUCGCCAAUUUAAAUUUGAAAAAGAGAUAUGCGAGCAAGUGAUAUUUUUGGUAUGCGGCUUUGACAAACUACAAUUGGACAAGAAAAUGCUUCCAGACAUUCUAGCACACGCUCCAGCUGGAAGCUCGACCAAGACUGUUAUUCACUACGCCCAAGAAAUACGUCACAAUGGAGACUUUAUGCAGUUUGAUUAUGGAGAAAAGGGUAAUCUCGCUCAGUAUGGCAAAUCUACACCUCCCUUGUACAAUUUAAGUAGUAUCAAUGUUCCCGCUUACUUCAUGUAUGGUGAAAAUGAUUGGUUAGCAGAUGAAAAGGAUGUAUUACGAUUAGCCAAAGAUGUGCAGAUAAAUAUAGGAACGUAUAAAGUGCCGUUUAAAUAUUUUAACCACGUUGACUUUCUGUGGGGAAGGGAUGCGGCCACACUUGUGUAUAAACCUUUGAUAGAUAUUAUACAGAGAUUUCGUUAAUGGUGUAUUCUACCUAAUUAAAUUGUUUUAGAUUAGAUUAGGAGACUUUCCAGAAGUGAAACGUAGACAUUUAAGUUGCGCAAAGAUCUCCACAAUCAACGAAUUCUAAUAUGGUACGUUAAUCUUCACCUUCUUGUGCAACAAACGUGAUGUUUAAAAUAUGCGAUAUGUUGCCUUUACUAGAAGAAUCUUCGGUUAAAAUUUCAAAAAAGUAUUUCUAUAAAUAAUAAAGUUUACUUAAAGUGCUCGACA